AUGCUUAUCGAAAUCAACUGUGCGUCCGACUUUCUCUGCAGAUACGUUGCCAGUGCUUCUUCUUGCACACCUCAGAUCAUGGAGUCCUUCAAGUCCCAGAUCAUGGCCCUGAUGCAGGAAAAGUACACCAACCACUGGGACCCCCAGAGACCCCACUACGGCAACGGAUACAGGGCCAUCACCUCCUUUGGUGGCAAGGUCGAUCCUCUCCUCUGCGAGGCUGCUCAAAAGAGUGACUUGCCCUUGGCGACCCUUGAAGGUCACAUCCCCCGCGACCUCGUCCUCUGGGUCGAGCCCUUCAACGUCUCCUUCAGAGUCGGCGACCACGGCUCCAUCAACACCAUCUACGACAGCACCCGCGGCAAGGUCUCCAUGAAGCCCGACAACGCCAUCACUCCCCAGUUCCACCAAAAGAACGGCCUCAACAACACCAUCAACGGUCGCCCCUCCUACGCCGCCCGCAUCUCCCCUCCUCCUUCGCCUCCUAACCGUGCUGCUCGCAUCUCCCACGCCAUCCCCAUCACCAGCCCCUUGAACAAGAGCCAGGUCAUCACCCCCAGCGCCACCCCCUCGCCCCCCUCCAGCAAGAUUGCCAUCAUGGCCCACUAA